CCUAUGUGUCGAAGCGAAUCAUUCUUGGACCAAACGGCGCUCCGUACUUGUACGGUAGUUUUGGCGGGGUUUACGAAUAUUUUCGGAUGUUCGGUUAGUUUGAAAACAUUGGCGACCACCCUGCGGAAAAAUGGAACGUGGAAGGAUGAGUCGAGCAACAGGCAGCAGACCAUCGGAUCUGCCGAUGCGAGUGCAAGAUAGCAACAGGAUGAGCAUGGUAUACACAACGCCCCAGAGCAAAUUUGGGAAACUCAGCAUCCCCAAACCACAGUCUGGGACCUCUGAGAGACGGACCAGCUUCUUUGGUGCCCGGACUAGUGGAGCCGGCAUGCCGCGUAACAGCAUCAUGUCAGGGUUUGGAGGAACUGAGAAGAUCAAAGAUGCCAGACCUCUGCAUGAUAAAUCUUUUGUUCAGCAGUGUAUCAGGCAGCUACAUGAGUUCCUGACAGAGCAGGGCUACCCAGGCACUUUGUCAUCCAAGACCCUCCAGUCUCCCUCUACCAAGGAGUUUGUCAAGAUGUUUGAGUUCAUUUACCGGCAGCUAGACCCAACCUUUGAGAUGCCAAACUCAAAAGUUGAGGAGGAGAUUCCAGCUCUCCUGAAAGCCUUGAGGUAUCCAUUUGUUCUCUCCAAGUCUUCAAUGUAUUCUGUCGGAGCUCCCCAUACCUGGCCUCAAGCCUUGGCCGCUCUUGUGUGGCUAAUCGAUACCGUCAAGAUCAACUGGAGUUUGAUGAAGCAGGAUCUGCUAUUCAGUGACUUCUGUGAAGACAGUGACAGCAUUGAGGAGGGAGCUGAGUAUAACAAGCUCUUCCUGGACUACACAGCUGAAACAUACUCCAAGUUCAUGCAGGGUGAUGACACAUUUGAGGAGGAGGAUGAAGCUUUCCUAACUAAACUAAAGAAGCUUUACAAUGUUGAUGAAGCCAUGCUGGUCUCGAUGGAGGAGAAGCACAGAAUGCUCAGUAAAGAGGUUGAACAACUGGAGAAGGAGAGUCAGACUGACCGUCUAAUGACCAAGAGAAUGGAAAAGAUGAAGUUGCAGGCAGACCUCAAGAAACUCCAGAGUUAUCGAAGCAGCCUGGAGACUUUCGAAGCCAAUCUGGAGAAGAAAGCUUCAGAACUGGAUGAUGAGCUGGACACCACUGUCAGUCAUCUGGAAACUCUGAAACAUGAGAGGAAUGAACUGCAACACCUCCUGCAAAACCAGAAGUUUACUCCAGCUGAUGUAGAGAGGAUCAACAGAGAGAAGAGGGAACUCCAGCAGACCAUCUCCAGUCUCAGCAAGUCUCUUGAAGAUGCUGAACAGCACAAGUGGAAUGAAGAGAUUGCAUUUGCCAAAGCCAAAGAGAAGGCAGAGUUGAAACUGGCAGAGUACCACAAGCUGGCACGUAAACUGAAGCUGAUACCACAGUCGGCAGAGAAUGCCUGUGGUCACGACUUUGAGAUCAGACCUUCUGAAUGUGGGCCUGGCAGCAUGGUUCAGUAUAAAAUGCAGAUACAGAUGCGUCUGAGAAAGCUGAUCAGUGACGUGGAGGAGGAGAACAGUCGAUUAACCAAUGCCAACCUCAGUCUGGAGGAGUCUUGUGAACAGGUUAAUUUCGACAUCACAGAAAAGUCCAAUGAUGUGAAACAGCUGAGAGAGCAGAUACGCAAACUGGAUGAACGGCUGGAUUUUGACAUGCAGGAAAUUGCCCGUGAGGAACAAGAGUGGGCCGCAGAGAUAGAGUCUGUAGAAAAUCACUGUAAACUUCUGGAAAAGAAAGUAAAUUAUGGAUAUGAUGAGGCUGUCCAACAACUGAAGGCGGCACAACAAGAGUAUCACCUGGUGCUGCAGGAGACCAAUGAGGAGAGGCGAACAGUAGCCAACAACCUGGCGUCUGUAUUUACCACAGCUGCAGACCACCUGUCCAUCACAGAGAAGUGCCUGGAGGAUCUGCACAGGCAGGUGCAGCGUGUCUGCUCAAAGGCUGUUGAAGAGGACAAGGCUGCUGUCCAAAAGCUGCGGGAAACCUUGAAGAGCUUCAAGUCUAAGGCCAAUAGUUUGUAAAGAGAGGCAGCAGGAUGGAAUUGAUUUGGAAAUGUGGAUUUCCUAUCAUUUAUGUUUUGUUUUUCAUUUUAGAAAAGAAUAAAGCUGAUUUUCAUUUGUUUGUUCUUAACUUUUUUAUAACUUUCAACCUUAUGUUAAUGCUAUUUUAAGAUCUGAUGCCAUGUAUAUAUUAACUGAAAAUAAACAAGAACAGUUCUGUGUGUUAGUUUGUAAUUACAUCAGUGUCUGUUGUUGUCACAGACGCAUUGCAAAUACUAAUUGGUUGUGUUAACAUUCAAGUUUGUAAGUAGUUGUUUGAUCCUUACAGAGACUGGAUUUCUAUGUGUUUGUGUGCAUUCUGUGUCACUGCAUUUAAACACUUUUGUUUUUUAAUGCACAAUAAAGCUUCAUAAUAAACCUUCCAAAUUCU